AUGCAGGAUUUUCUGCUCAGCAGUGGCAAACUCGAUGAAGACAUGGGGCCAAGCAAGGGCUCCGGCGACGUCGACUCUCGAUACAUCACUCAUUGGAUAAAUUCAUGCGACGCCCAACAUGGAACACGAUGUAAGCCAGCAUCUCUCAAGCACAAGUCAGCUCAGCAAUUGCCGCAUUGGGUUAUCGACGUCGGCCGAGAGUGCUUGGUCCCUGGGAAUACUGUACCGCGUUACGUUGCCUUGAGCUACGUAUGGUCACAAAAGUCUUUCAACGCCAGGGAUAAAAAGCGUUCAACUGAUAGUAUCUUGUUGAAGAAGCUCAAUCUAUCAGCUUUCCAAAAACCCGGUCAUCUGAAACACGUAUGGUCGCAACUCCCCACCGCUGUCAAGGAUGCCAUACUGCUAGUCCGCAGGCUCAAAGAGAUUUACCUGUGGGUCGACUGUUUAUGCAUCGUCCAAGACGACGAGAAGACAAGAGAGCAAGUGGAUCAUAUGGGCGAUAUAUACUCUGGUGCAUCUUUUACCAUCAUAGCGGCAACUCAUCGCGGCCAGCUAUCUAGCUCUUGGGUUGAAGCUAGAGGACAUGACGAGGUAGAACACAUGUACGACAAACUCUACGGUUCCAAGUGGGCUACCCGUGGCUGGACCUUCCAGGAGCAGAUGCUCUCAAAAAGAGCCAUUGUAUUUACCGAUCGCUACAUGUUUUGGGAAUGUCAGCAAGAUGUUUGGAGCCCAGACGGACCAAAUCCGGAAAUGACUGGGACCAGAAGUGCUACCUUUACAGUCCCACACUACGAGAAGGCUAGCCUCUGUCUUGGAACCCAGGAAGGACUCACAGCCGGUACGCUGCGGCAUAUGGAGAAGGCUAAACUCGAGCUCGGCGAUACCGUGGAGCUCAUAGCCGUAUCUACAGGAACUGUCAACUCCACCGGUGUUGAAGGUGACGAAGAGGAUAAGCUGUAUAGAUUUGUGAUGGAGGCAUUUGUGGGCAGUGGCCCGGUGUAUGCAGAGACUUCCGAAUAUCUGGGUCAGUACAACGAGUCUGCUUCUAUCCCAAGCGAUGCCGAGCUAAUCAACCACUAG